CUGUUGUAGUAUCCCUUUAUGAAGAUCCAAUCCAACCUCAGCAAGCAGCGUCAGUGGUAGAAAAGCUAGGUGAUUACUUAAUUACCUGCGGUUACUAGAGAUAGUGUGUGCCGCUGUAAGCAGCCAUGCCGUGCGGCGAAAAAUUAAUUAUUAUUAAAUUUGUAUUUUUUUCAAAAUAACAGCGAACCGGCAAUGCGUAUACCGAGUGCAUCAUCAUUAAAAAAUACAUGGAAAAAAGUCAUAAAAUCGGACAAUAUUGUAUUUUCCUUUUUUUAUCAAACAAACAACAUAAAAUAUAUAUUAUAUAUCGGUCAAAAUCAUUAAUUUUUUCAUCGUUGUCCAUCGUGUGGUUCCAGUUAUGUUACGAGGGUCAUAAUAUUAAAUUUAUAACAAAAAAAUUUGUCUUUUAAAACCUUUUAUACAAUACGUGACCUCCUAACACGACUGCGCCAAUUUGCCAAUCAUAAUUUAUGACUGUGGUCUCAAUUAUCAUUGUUUUUUAAGAGUAUUUAGGAUAUUUUAAGUUUUUUUUUGAGAGUGUUUCGCAAACUUAACUGAGAUAAGUUUCCGGAACAUGAUGUGAUUUUUUUAAUUAUAAUAAAGCGCAUUUUUCUUGUUAAGCUUUUCUCAUACCAUUGCUAUCUCUAAAAACAUUUGAUACUGAAGAACUUACAGUUUAGGAUUUUUUAAUAAAAAAAUCUCUAGUCCUGC